GGACUUACCUGUUAGAACCCGAAUGUAUCUGCUCCGGAAUAGUCACCAAUUAAUUAUUUAUUUAUUUUAAAUUGGUUUGUGCACUCUAUUGCGGUAGGCAUCUUGAGUGACCUAGUGUAGACGUUGCACAGUGCUGUAGCAUAUGAGCGACAGGGAGGACACACCACUAGACAACCGGAUCUUGCGAUCAGCUAGACGCCCGAUAGCCCACGUGUCCUUAGGACCGGAGGGCGAUAGGAUUCUGUUCCGCCAGCUUAGGGAGAGGCAGCAGCAGCGGAGGAUAGCUAGAGCAGCUGAGGCCAGCAGGGCUUUCUCUAGUGAGGCCGCUGCUACAACAGCCAUGGCCACUUCCGCUAUGGUCACUUCUGCGCAGCAGACUUCCCAGGCCAGCAGUUCAGGUAUCGUCGGGUCAACGGUCGUGCAGACCGUGAGUCAGUCCACUGGCGUUAUGGCAAGCGAGGCAUUGGUGUUGACCCCAGAGGAUGUCGCCAUCCAGCAGGCAGCCCUGCAGGAGGCACAGCUACAGCGGGCAUUAGGAGAGAUAAAAGCAGAGAAGGAGAAGAUGAUUAGAAGAAGAGCCAGGAUGCAGCGGAGAGGGGAAGACAUAGAGGAGUUAGAGACGAUGGACCUGACGCACAUGGAUGAUGACGUGAGGGUAGUUAGGAAGGCCCUGCUAGGAGUAAUAGAUAUGCAGGAGCACCAGACUACCAUCCUUCAGGAUAUCCAACAGAACCUAGCCGUUCUAGCAGGGCGUGCUCAGGCGGUACCAUCACCAGUCGGGCCUGGUGCCUGGCCCGUGCCAUAUCCUCCUUUUUCUGUCCCACCGGUGACAGGGGUAUCCCCAUAUGUAGCCCCGUCAUCGGUUGCGAUCGUUUCCCUGGGCAUGCCGCUGUCAGGAGGGGUAUCAGCAGGGACUAGUUUGCAGGUUCCUGUUCAGACAGUGUUCAUCAAAACUCCGUCGCAGGUUGCCGUCACCACGCAGCCUGCUGUCUCGCAGCCUGCGCACCCGCAGGGCACACAGCCCCAACAGCUAACACAACAACCUGUAUCACCGGGUCCACAACCCGGAGUGGUGCAGGGACCGGGACAACCACAGUGGGUUCCAAAGACGGCCAUCGCUGCUCCGAAACCCUUCACAGGGGACAAGAGAGGAGAAGACCUCGACACUUGGUUGAGAAACCAGUUGGCAAGAGAGGUCAACAUCAAUAUGCACAACUUUCCUUUGUUAAGCAAGAUGGCCCUAGACCUUGAAGCUAAGAUAGGGCAUGGACAGGCACCCACUACGGAUGGGAGAAAGAAGACACUGCCUCCUAACUGGAAGGCGAAGGGACGCUUAAUGUUUGUCGAUAACGAUGGUUCUACUAUCGAAGUAGACGAACACUUCCAGGAAGGAGUAGGUUCAGAGGCGGAGAGCAUAGAAACUUUAGAGCGUGGAGUGGUCGCUGCCGUAACUCAAAAAGGAAAGGCGACCAGUAGACGCCGUGGAGGUUCCCGGUCUAGGAGUCAAGUUGACCCCAAUGCUCCUCCAUUGGAGAAAGCGGGUCUCACAGAGGACGUGUGGAGAGACCGUUACUCACGGCAGGCCUGUAUUCGUUGUGACCAAUAUGGCCACAGCCAAUUCAAGUGCCGCAAUAAGAAGGUGACAGAAAAGAUCCCGCCUAUGAUCGGGCAGGUGCUGGGAUCCUCUCAUCCCGUUGGUAGCAACGUUGCCAGUACUUUAGGCAGUGCUCCGGGAAACACGUCGGGCCAGUAGGAAUGGUAGUUGUUCCUGCUAGGGUCGAGGUGGUGGAGACACCCUCACCAUCUUGAGAGAUGGCCCAAGCUACUGACUCCAGCAUCGUCCCACAAACACGUUCAGACCCAUCGAGCCUCGGUUCAAUGAAUGUGUUUGAAUCCU